CUGUGCCUGUAUUUUUUCUCCCUUCUCUUUCGUUCUUGGUCUCUCAGAGGCGGCAGCUCAGGGAAGCAGCUGCAUGUUUGUCUGCAUCCCAAUUGCCACAGGUAAAGACAGCUGUAUCAUCUGAUGUUGCUAACCCCGAGGGGGGUUGGGGAGCCUUUGCUGCUGCGGCUGCAAGUUCUCAUCCCGGCGCGGGGCGCACAUUUCUAAUCAUCUUGAAGAACGCAUCCUAGAGGGAACGACGAGCAGAGGACCCCAGCAAACAGACCAACAAAUCACACGCUGACUGGAAAGAGCACAGGCUUCCAGGGACUGAGGAAAAUAUAACACUUCUCAGAAAAAGAAUCAGUGGGAUAUAUUUUCAACAUUGUGGUGUCCUGUUUAUGAUUUUCCUCUUUCCUCGUGUUUUCUAUUCUUUUGCUUUCAAUUCUUUUUGUCUUUUCCAUGCUUCUCAUCCUCUUCCUCUCACAAUUUAUUCCUCUGUGCCGGAAUGCUCCCUGCAAAUAGAUGAGAAGAGGCUUUCUGUGCGCUUGCUGCAGUAUUAACAAACAGUACACUGAGUCAGUAGAGAGCUGAGCGGACAGCUUGGAGGAAUCUGAUCCACAGCCGGCUGGAGAAGGAGCAGGAUCACGCGUCGCAGUUGCAGAUUUAUCCGCCCUGUGAUACUGUGCAACAACACCCCUCAUUCUUUUCCCCCCACCAUCCAUCUCUCUGUCCUCAUCUUGAGUGUUAUUUUUUGACUGGAUCAAGAAAAUUAAUUGGAUUCUACUGCUUUAUUUUUAGCCUUAUUGGAAUAUUGUAAAUAUAAAAAGGAGCAAAGGAGGCUGCUUGAAAAGCAAUGGGAGAGAAAGAUUAGCAGAUUAUCAUAGGAGAGUGUUGAAAAGACGCAUAAGCGAUACACGUCUUAGUGAGCACUCUUUUUUAGUUAUGAAAGAGACCGAUUUUGGGAUGUGAAGGACGCUGACUCGGCUAAAGCAGUCGGAACAGACUGCAUCAGGAAACAUUUUUUUUUCUUUUUUUCGGUCCUGCCCAGGGUGGGGAAGCAACUAGACCCACCCUGCAAGUUUAACUCUCUGAUUCGAUAUUACUGUCCCGUCGUGGAUUCUACAUGGAGGGGACACAUUCGGCAUGUUAAAGAAAAGUGUUUUGGAUUCUUUUUCUCCUUUUUUGCUGCAAUGGCAUCCAAAUACUGAUGCCAUGGAUUUCCUACACGUACAGAUGUAAAUCUGUUUCUUCCCAUCCAUCUCUCCCUUCCAUCUCUCCUUGUUACUCCCUAUUAGAGGCAUCACUUCCCUUUUUCCUCUUGUUAACCCUGCUGUGAAGACUAUUGGAGUUCACUGUUGCUUCAGCUGGACAUUGAGAGUUGAGCAGGACUAAACACGGACUAAACACUUAUACGUCUAUGCCAGCUCUUCAAUUUUUCUCUGGGUGUCUCUGCGUGUGAGUGUGUGUGCUUGAGCGUUUAUGAUUGUGUGUAUGCAUGUACCUCCUGCACCCUUUUUCCUCUCUGUCCAUCCUUGGAAUACAUAUUUUUGUGUGUGUGUUAUUGAGAGACAGAUUCUGUGGGGUCCAUUCCUUCAAAUUUCCAUUCGUUUUUUUCUUCUGGCCUUGUUGGAAACCUUUCUGCCAUGUGCAAACGAUGCCUAUCACAGAGUUAACCCUUAAUGAGCCAUAAAGGACGACAGGGAAUGAUGAGUGAGUGUUCUGGGGCAGCUGCAUCUGGGGCAGUAAUCCUGGAAGAACCUGAAGGUUCGGGGGCUUCUGCGGGCCGGGGGGAGGGCCAGGCCCAGGAACAGGGUCCCCUUCGCUGUGCAGUUUGGCCUCGUCAGCAGACAUGGCUGUGUGUGGUUCCUUUACUUAUUGGUUUUAUUGGCCUUGGAUUGAGCCUGAUGCUGCUGAAAUGGAUUGUUGUUGGUACAGUGAGGGAUUACGUCCCAACAGAUCUAGUGGAUGCAAAUCGAAUAGGACAAGAUCCCAUCUUCCUCUCCAAGCCAAGUGGGAUUCCCAAGAGCCCCGAUACUACCACUACUACAACUACUCCUACAAUCGAUAGCAGGAACCCCACUGCUAGAACUGCUACUGUGGCAAAAGGUAGAACUCGCACUACUGCUACCACCACAACUAUAAAUGCUAGAGGGGGUGGGGCGUCAGGCAGUCAGGUAACUCCUCGGAAUCCUGGAAGUCGUAAUGGACGUGGACCUUCAGGUUUUACCACAACUACUGCAGCACCACGUACAACUUUCAUAAUUGGAGCUGCAACAUCUAGCUCCUCACCGCCCAAUCCGACGGUUCUUCAUGACUCUACACAGAUGUGGACGGCAGAACAUACUACUACAGAGACGAUCUCCACCACACUCACUACACGUACGCACAGUCACCGCAAAACCCCAUCUCCAACUGUCCCUCCGCUACACUCGGAGCAUUUCAAGCCCUGUCAUGAGAAGGACUUGGCCUACUGCCUAAAUGGUGGCGAAUGCUUUGUCAUCGAGACACUCAGCGGGCCUCACAAACACUGCAAGUGUCGAGAAGGAUACCAAGGAAUCCGCUGUGACCAGUUUCUGCCCAAGACUGACUCCAUCCUGUCGGACCCAAUUGAUCACUUGGGCAUCGAGUUUAUGGAGAGCAAAGAGGUGUAUAAGAGACAGGUGCUGUCAAUCACAUCCAUCGCCAUGGCAAUUAGCCUCCUGGGAACGCUGUGCAUGGCCCUCUACUGCCGCAACAAGAGGCGCAGAGAAAAACUCCAGGCCCACCUGAAGGAGAGUCGCAGUUUGAAAAACUACACUACUAGUUCCCAUAAUGCCCUAGAAGCCAAAAUGAGGGCCUCUAACACCAACCUGCAAAUUCAUGAGUGCUGCAAACGGCCAUCCCAGUCUCGCCAGGGAAACGUCUGCGAGUCCAGCUUUUCACACUGCAGCAUCACGACUGCGCCACCCAGAAGCUCCAGAGGCACAGUAAAACAUCACAGAAGCAGUUCCCUGUCUCACAGCCCUGACCAGAGAAUGCGGGCAGCCCAUUGGUCAGCUUCUCGCCGGACUCCACCCAUACCCAAAGGAAGAUUAAACCCAAUUGGAGUUUCCAAGUAUUCUGGCCCCGCCUACCAGCACCUUCAGGAAGUGGAUUCAUCUGAGAAGGAAGCAGAAGCACAAAGAGGUGUCCAAGUGCAGGGAGAGAACCAGUGUGAUGACACCUUCCUACAUAUGCAAGCUCCUGCGAUGCAGGCAUUGUCGCCAUCGCCUUGGAGCGGCUGCGUGGAGGUACGCGCACAUCUGUGUCCUCCAUCUGAACCCAAUCCCACCACUCGCAGCCUGAGAAGGCCGGGACGCCGUCAAAGCCACUCCCCACCUCCCCCGUUCCGCUCCUGCUCUAUUCCCAUCAUUCCAUCUGUGCAGUGUCACCAUGACAAUGAGGUGUCUUGCAUGCAAACCACCCCAGCGACCACAACGAUGUCAGUCACCUGUGGGGCCAUGCCUUGCAAGGAGGAGAAGAAUGAAAAGGCAGCGCACGCCCCGUUGUUUUCAUCUUCCUGCUCGUCUGCCAUUGGACGGCAGCAGGAUGAGGUGGCCCUGCUGCUCGAAGAGGCACAGGAGCAACUCAGGGCGUUGGCGCUGGCUCACAGGAAGCAGGAGGGGGGCGGAGUCUUCACCGGCACCUCAACGGUUGCGCUGGUGGAAGCCAGAGAAACUGUUUGCUUCCUGAACGUUAACGGAGGAAGUGCCGGGGCGCUGAGCUGUAACGGACCCACGCAGACCCAGCUACUCAGCCCCAGCCUAUCACACAGAGACCUGGGCCAAACCGGCCAAUGAGAGGGCACGAUUUAGGACAUUCACUUACUGUUUUACACUGUUUGACAGACUCUGGUGUUCUGCAUCUGUGGGAUGAGAAUGAAAAUGCUGAAUUAAAAAACAAAAAAGAAAAAUGUAAUAUCAUGGAUAAUCCGAAAUGUGCUGAUGAUAUGCAUACUGUAUGUACACGAGCAUACAAACACUUCUCGAGUGGCCGCCUUUACACCGACUGACAGUAUGGAAAAAGAAAAAAAAAAUAUUCACAUGCAUUUAUUUACCAAACAAGAGAAACACUUCUACUUAGACAAAAAGAAACCAAAUAGUCUGUCAGAUCCAUGGUGUUUUUAAUUGUAAAAAGAAUAUAUAAAUAUAUAUAUAUAAAUAUAUAUGGAUAUAAAUAUAUGGAAUUCAAAAGUGACCAAGUAAAGUUGAAGAACACAGGAAUGAUGUAACUAUUUUUGUUUGUUUUUUUCGUUCUCUUGGUUUUGUAUUCUCACAUUUUGGUUCUGGCUCGAUGAAGAACUCCAUUAAUGUCCCGCCGCACGUCCGCGAGUCGUGAAUCGGAUUCUGCGAGCCUGCGCGGAAUCAAAAACGACCAACGAGAAAAAGGAGCCACCACACCAAUUUCACCCCCCUUUGCCUUUUGAAAAACUGUUACCCAGCCAAGAAUUACAACGCAGCCGUCUGUGGUAAUCAAAAACACUUUGAGGAUUUACGACGCAAAACAAAAACUCCCCAGCUUUGUGUGUGCGCGUGUGUGUGUCUGUGCUGGGAAGCCACGAGGGACGAGACAAGGAAAAACUAGGGUUUCAUUUGGAGCCACUCGGAUUUGGGAGGGCAGAUUGUGGAGAUACUGACUCCAGUUUGGCCAGUGUUGGAAACCAGUCUAGAUUAUUUUUGUUUUUAUUACAAAUUAUAUUUUCACACUCAUAUGCACACACGCUCGCCUGUGAAUUAUUAUUUGGUUGCUUGAACGAAUGAACAGAAGGACUGAGAAGGACAGUGGGCUACGGGGCUCUACGGGAGUGGAUGUUUGUUUUGUUUUCCAUUUUUUUGGUUAUUAAUGAACAAUGCUGCUUUCUGGGGCUGAUGGGAGGGACAACCACAUGGUUUUGGUAUUGAAACAAGAAAUAAAUGUCUCUAUGUUGUAUCCUAUGAAUUGGAAGCUUUUGAAUCUCUGUAUGAAGUUACAGCCAAAUGUCUCUGGUGUCACAAAGUAUAAAAACAAUGGUUGCAAUUCUGGUAAAGACUUUUCCAAAAUAACUGUUGUUUUGAUUGA